AUGCUAAAAUCCGAGGCUCGAUUCUCCAUAGUGGACAAAUCAACAUCAUCAUCUACCACACGUGUAAAGAAAUGGUCAUCAUCAUCAUCAUCAUCUACCACAUGUGUAAAGAAAUGGUCAUCAUCAUCAUCAUCUACCACAUGUGUAAAGAAAUGGUCAUCAUCAUCAUCAUCUACCACACGUGUAAAGAAAUGGUCAUCAUCAUCAUCUACCACCAGAAGGAAUUAUUGUCAAGCUGUUUACAAGGUGAACAGCAGCAAACAUGUGAUAAAUUGUGAUAGGAAGACUAAGCUGCAUACGUUAUGUGUUCGAAGUGGUCAGAUUCAGCUUUGGCAGUUCCUAUUAGAUCUGCUUUCUGAUUCUGACAAUACCAACUGCAUUAUAUGGGAAGGAACCAACGGAGAAUUCAAACUCACAGAUCCUGAUGAAGUUGCUCGCCGCUGGGGGGCGCGUAAGUCGAAACCGAACAUGAAUUAUGACAAAUUAAGCCGAGCUUUACGAUAUUACUAUGACAAAAAUAUAAUGACUAAAGUACAAGGGAAAAGAUACACGUACAAGUUUGAUUUCCAUGGUUUGACUCAAGCUCAUCAGCCUAAUACAGGAGACACCGCAGCUUGUAAGUUACUCUUUCCGGCAUACCAUUUUAAUACAGUAAACAUAGAUCAUUUGAGUGCUAGAUCUAUGGGACUUACCAGUAAUUCUCAACCUUCUCUGUUUGGGUCAGCAACGGUUCCUGGUCACUACUGGUCAACUGGACCAUCUGAUUCCUGUAAUCUGAACCCAUACAUUCCUAGUCAUACUAUUCCACGUCUUGGUCAUCGAGCAAACGGAUUAGGUAGUUAUUAUGCAUGA